CCUCCACAUGUAAAGUGUAGUAAUUGAAUAUUAAGGUUAAAGCAUGCUGAGAUAUACAUAUGUACAUGUAUAUGCUGUGAGGGCAGAGAGAUGGGCGUUAAUUAAGAGCAUUGGGCAUAUUUUAAUGGAAAAGUUGGUGUAUAUAAGGAAGGGCUGGGGUUACAUGUGAUGACAGGACAAGCAGAAGAAUGGGCGAAAUGGUUAGAGAGGAAGAGAGAAUAGGGAAAAUGAGGGGAGAGAUCAGCAGCAGAGGAAUGGGGUGGCUGAGCAGAGCAAAGCCGUAUCUGCUCAUGGUCGGCCUGCAGUUUGGGAUGGCCGGCAACUACAUCUUCGGCAAGGACGUUCUCAACCGCGGCAUGAAUCGUUUUGUCUUCAUUGUCUACCGUAAUUCCAUGGCUUCCUUCUUCCUCGCUCCUUUCGCUCUCUUCCUCGAAAGGAGACGUAGGCCCAGGAUGACGGUCCCAGUUUUUCUGCAGAUAAUGGCACUGGGAUUUCUUGAGCCGGUUUUCAAUCAAAGCUUCACUUACUUGGGGAUGAAAUACACGUCGGCGUCAUUUGCUUCAGCUAUUGUGAACGCCGUCCCGUCCUUCACGUUUCUGCUGGCGGUCAUUUUCCGGAUAGAGAGGAUAAAAGUGAAGGAGAAAAGGAGCGUAGCCAAAGUGAUGGGGACGAUGGUAACGUUUGGAGGGGCAGUAGUGAUGGCUACCUAUAAGGGCCCAGGAUUCAGCAUAUUGCACUCAGCCGCCGCGUCGGAACAUGAAGGAGGCGGCGGCGGCGGCGGCAGUAACCAUGGGCAGACGAGCGGGGCCCUGUACAUACUAAUGGGAUGCGGGGCUCUGUCGGGUUUCUACAUAUUGCAGUCGGUGAUGGUGAAGAGAUACCCGGCGGAGCUCUCACUGGCGACGCUGAUAUGCAUGGCCGGUUCCUUGCAAGCGACUGCGGUGGCGCUGGUGGCGGAGCCUCACUCACGCUCCUGGGCCAUCGGUUUGGACUACCGUCUCUAUGCUCCCCUCUACACGGGGAUAGUGAGUUCGGGAGUAGCAUAUUAUGUGCAAGGGGUAGUGAUGCAACUGAGAGGCCCAGUGUUCGCAACAGCCUUCAAUCCGCUCUGCAUGAUCAUCGUUGCUGCUCUGGGCUCCCUCCUCCUCCGCGAGCAAAUCCAUCUUGGCAGUAUUAUAGGAGCCAUCAUCAUCGCUCUGGGCCUUUACUCUGUCGUGUGGGGUAAAGCCAAGGACCUCUCCCAAUCGCACCCUGAUUCAUCAUCCCCCCAGAAACCACCAAAUUCUGCUGCAACUCUCCAGGAUCAUGAUGAUCUCAGGCUAGACACUACUACUCACGACAUGGCUCAAGUGCAGCUCGACCUGCAGUUAUCCAAAAUGGAAGCUCAACAACCAAACGCCAAGCUCUAGACCGUCUAAUGCCCGCCUUCUUUUCCAAUAGAUGCACAUACUGGUGUGUCUCUUCGCUUUGUGUCAAAUAUUUUGGCUUAGGUUGGUUCAUCAUGUACUCAUUUCAGAUCUGGAAGUGCAGCAUUUUCACUUUUGUGAGAUAGCAGGUUCUAGCCAGUGGAGGGGUUCGCCUUUCCCUAGGAGACUAGUUUUAUCUAUAGCUAGCUUGACGAUGUCAUCGAUAUCUAUCAGUACCUGUUUAUUAUUCUUGUCCUUUAAAUUACUGGUGAACCGUAUCUUUAUAUUACUCGGCCCGUGCACCCUCAUGCUUUUUACUUCUAGAAAUGAAACAGGAACUUCCCGGUGAACAAGAUGAAUCACAUUCAUUUGUUCAUGAGAGGCGGGAGAUUAAGGUUGGUUUUAUUAAGUGAAAUAUCAAAGAAAUUAAGAGUCGAGAUGCAUCUCGUUUCACAAUGUAAAAUGAAGUCAUGAAAUAAUCUGUUAUGGUUAUCUAUAAAAAUCACAGAACAGUGGUGCAGAAAAUCUGAGAAUGAGAGAAACAGAUGAAGAAGUUGCAGCAGCCGCAGAGGGAAGAGGAAGAAACUUCAAAGGAAGGAGAAGAGAAGCCGAAGCAUGUCAGAGGAGACAAGACAAAAUUCUUCACAGUUCACUCCACUUGCUUCCACCAUCUAUUAUACCCUAAAAUCUCUUUCCAUGUCAGCCCACGUCUCCAAAGCCCAAUAAUCACAUCUUGCCACCCAUUAGUCACUAUCUCAUGGUCCCAAUUCUUGUUAUCAUGAAGUCCAUCCAUUACAUAAACCUUCCGCGGAUUUCCCUUUGCGGUGCAACUUCACAUCAGUUUCAGUAAAUGAAUUUUUCACAA